AUGGAGGUGGUAAUACCCACCAACGAUUUCCACUUCAACACUUCCCCGUUCUCAACCUCCCCCUCAACCCCAAAAGGAUUCGGCCACUACUCCUUAACCGCUCCCAGCAGCCCCACCCGAAUCUCCGAAUUUUACCGCGAUUUCGACAAUGACUUUGCCUUUGAUUUCCGUGUAGAAUCAGAGGGAACUACCCUCCCAGCUGAAGAACUGUUCGAAAGCGGAAAAAUCCGGUCUUCAAACCCUCCGAGCAGGUUUGGUGAGCCAAAUAAAAAUACCCACUUGAGAACAGAGCAAGGAAGAGGUAGAGAGAGAAACUCAUCAAACGAAAACACCGGUAAGAGAACAGAGCAGAACAGGGGAAGAGAGAGAAACCCAACUCUCUCAUCGUCGAGUUCGACCCGGAGAGGAGCCAGGUCACAGUCUCCCGAUAGGGUUUCUAAGUACCCGUGGGAAGAACAAGAAACAAAGAACACAUCAAAGCAAACUUCUAAUUUCUCUCUGUUUUCGAAAAUCGGAAGCAAGAAGUGGAGGCUGAAGGAUUUUUUCCUCUUCAGGAGCGCGUCGGAAGGGCGAAAGUACACGACUCUGUUCAAGAAGCACGAGGAGGUGAGGGGUUUUUCGAGUUUUCGGGCGAUCGAAGAGUCGAGUUUGAGGAGGAAGGGGGCGCAGGGGAAUGUUUCGGCUCACGAGUUGCAUUACACGGUGAACAGAGCAGUUUCGGAGGACUUGAAGAAGAAGACGUUUUUGCCGUAUAAGCAGGGGAUUGUGGGGAGGCUGGCGUUUAAUCCUGCCGUUCACGCGCUUGCUAAUGGGUUUGGGUUUUCGAGGAAGGGAUUAUGA